CGCCAUAUACCGGUGGUAUUUGAUAACGCGCUCCCUGGUCGCCGGGCGACUCGCCAUCCCUGUUACCGAACCCGCUGCUCCGUCACGCCGGCUCCGUCUAUGUCCCGCCCUCGCACGCUGGUGUCGCCGCUGCUGAGCGGGGUGUUCUGCCAGUGUGACCCGCCGCACUUCGCGCACGAGGCCCAGCAGUCCCGGGCGGCAGCCCUCGCCGCCGACCCGUGCGGGGGAGCGCUGUGCGGGGGGCCCGAGCACGAGCGCCGGCUGCAGAUCCUCUUCCAGGAGCUGGACGUCAACAAAGAUGGCGCCAUCUGCAUCAACGACCUGGCCGUGGGGCUGAAACGGCUCGGGGUCCACCGGACAGAGCUGGAACUCAGGGUGAGCAGCCGCACCGGGCGGCCGGGGGGGGGGAUAGAUAUAGAGAGCAAAAUACCGGCACUCCGAGGCUUUAACUCCAAACAAAUCAUCUUUAUUCAAACUCCAGUCAACGCUUCAGCUUCUCUACGGAGCUUCCAUCAGGGUAUAGGGGUAUGUCCUGAUAAAAGCUCAGCAGAGAAGCUGAAACGUUGACUGGAGUUUGAAUAAAGAUGACUUGUUUGGAUUUAAAGCCUCGGAGUGCCGGUAUUUUGUUCCAUUUUUAUAUCUAUGUAACCAGAGCACCAGGUACAUUUAUAUUCUAGAGUUGGAGUGUAAGAGCUAUCUUUUACACUAUAUAUAUAUAUAUAUAUAUCUCAUUCAUUCUACAAACUUGGAUAUCUGAUAUCACCUUGUCCCUGUGGAUAAAUGUUUAGUGCAGGUUAGUGUGUUUUAUUUCAAGGAUGGAAUGUAAGUUCACCAGCUGCUAAUGUCAAGCUUUUUCAGGCUUUAGGCUAGCAAUGCAUUAUGGGAAUGAAAGUGCUGCAACAGCUGGAGAGCUUUUUUAUGCUUGAGAUUAGCCUUGAGAUAGAUAUACAUAUUUAUAUCUAAGAAACACGUGUGUGGGUAUGUAUACACACACACACAGUGUCACCAAAUAUGUUCGGACCCAGCCUCUUCGCUCAACCAACAACCUGUUGAUAUUCCUCUAUUGUACCUGCACCCCUGACUUAUCUCUUGGAUUUCCUCCUCCUUGUGGCAUACAUUCAAUGCCACUUCUCUGCAGUCCUAACAAAAACACUUCUUUAGAGAAUCCUAUCAGCUCAUCCAUUAAGCAUUUUUCUGUUCUCUCUCCUCCCAAAAACCCCUCCCAUCCUUCCAGGCAUAUCCAGGUUGUUUAAUGCCCUCUGUGUAUUUGUCCAUAAUCCUUAUUUGGUUGUAAGCUCAUUUGGGAAGGGCCCUCUUAACCUACUGUUCCCUUGUGUCAAACUUUUUUACUUUCAUGUUUUAAUUAUUGUACCAUGCUGUAGAAUAUGCUGGCACAAUAUAAAUAACUUUUGAUACCAAGCAAAUAUGUCCUAACUUAGUAGUUUUUGGGUUUUUUUUUGUUCUUUUUAAACAUCAAUUCACCAAUAAAGUCUAGUUUCCUGGAUAUAUCUUACAAGCUCCUAUAGUUAGUUUGCUUAAACAUUUAUUUUAGUGAUUUAGUAUAGAUUUGAAUACUUAAAGGGAUACUAUGGUCACCGAGACCAAUUUAUAUAAUUGACGUGGUCUGGGUGUGUUAGUCCUGUAAUUUUAACCCUGCAAAUGAAAACAUUGCAGUUGUGGGAAAAGUGCAAUUUUUACAUUGCAGGGUUAAGACUUCCUCUAGUGGCUGUCAAUCAGACUUUUACUCUGUGAAACGACACUGGACGUCCUCACGCUUUGCAUGAGAAUAUCCACCACCAAGCAAAACCCCAUAUGAAAGCAUUGACUCAAUACAUCUUGCUGUAAAUCUCUCUGUAAUUCUGUUAAUCUGUUAGUUAAUGUGUCCUCUUAAUCCACGAAUUCUUUAAAUAGCUAAGGGAUGUGUCCAUGCAGUAGUGAAUGAGGCAGAUGCUAAUGACUAACAAGUAUCUUGCUCCACUACAGGUUCUUCUUGACACAUGUAUUCACACGCAUCCCAUGGUUUAGGGGACACUCCAUUUUCUAUUUUACCACAAUAUUUUUGUGUCUGCAUUAGUAAUUGUAGAUUCAGCUAUAUUCAUACUAACACACUCAUUGAUUAGAUUUAUUACUCAUGUGGGUACCUCCGUGGAUGAAGACAUUGACUUGUUUUCUUGCACGAAGACUUUUCGCUGCUUGUUUUAAUUCAUAAUUCUCUAUUGCUAUAGUCCUUUAAGUAAACAUCGUGAUUGGCAAAGUCACUCUCUGGAGUUUUAAAUAUUUUUUCCCUUUAUCUAUAUGCUAAAAGAAAAUUGUCACUUGAUUUUGGGUGAUCAAUAAAGUAACACCUGUUCUCUAGCCAUUUAUUUAAGCAUGUCUCUCCAGCUAAUCACAAUAUCUCUAAUGCUACAUUUGCCUGUACCGGAGUUGAAUGUACAGACAUUCCAGUUACAACUUAGGGUCAUACAGUCUAGCAGUGCCCUGAAAGGUCAAAAGCUCACCCCCCGCCAUCCCAAAAACAAAGUUUGCAGCUGUACUGAUUUCAGGAGUCCCCAAGGGGUGAUGUUCUGGGGGGCUCUGUGCAUUCAAAAUGCUGCAGAGUAGACUAUAAAUGAGGACUACAUGAAGUACAUCUCUAAGGCUAAAUGAAAUGCUAUUCAGACUGCCUCUUUGAUUCAUUGUGUAGAAUUUUCACAAAGGUUCUAGAGUUCAGCAAAACAAAUACUCUUAUGAUUGGCGGCUAUUUGUCAAUUACCACUUAUUUAGCCUUUAUGUACGUUCUGGUUGAGGGAGGGGUGGGUUGUUACGUGUGGCCACACAAACCACAGUUUGUCACUUGACAAUCUGUUUUUAAUGGUUCAGAGUUCUGACUCCACAUCUUUCAGAACUUGCCUUGUUUUUCACAGGAAAUCAUGGACUUGGCUAUACCUAUGAUCUAGGCUGGGGUAAGAAACUGUUAAUGGUAUAGCAAAAUAAAGGGCCAAGUUGUGAAUUAAUGGGUACAAUUAAAAAAAAAAAAAAAAAAAACACGCCAUUCUUCAAACCCACUUUUCCCAUUCCCUGCUUCCUAAAACUGUUGGAUCUUAGCAGGAAGCAAUUCUGUGAUAUCUCUCCCUAAUGUACCUAUCUGUAAGAGUUUUGUCACGUUGCUGAGGUAGGUUAUGUGAUGUUAGGACGAGCCGCAACUGAGUUUGUGGAGGGGAGUUAUGAGUUAUGGUCCUGCUCAUUGUUAGGAAAUGCCACACAUGUAAGUAAAUGUUCCACUAGGUGUAAAGCUCCUCAUUGAUUAGGUAACCAAGGUACAAAUGAGAGCAAACUCUGUGCCCUGUGUUACUUUGUUGAUCUUUAGCCUUUUGAUUUGAGUGAGUCAGGAGUGAAACUGUGGCUUGCUUUGUUCUGCCCCCUCCCACUUUGAACUUUCAGCACUGUAAAAUGGAAUGUGUGAAAUUUGCUUAUUAAUAGUUUUUCUAUCGAUGUUCAAGAUGUGUGCUAAAACGUAUUAAAGGACCACUAUAGUGCCAGGAAAACAUACUCGUUUUCCUGGCACUAUAUUGCCCUGAGGGUGCCCCCACCCUCAUGGCCCCUCUGCUGCCAGGCUCUAGGUGGUAGAAGGGGUUAAAUUUACUUUAUUUUUUCUCCCAGCACCGGGUGGGGGACUCUCCUCCUCGUCACUAGCUGAAUGCGCAUGCAUUGUUUAUAGAAGAAAGGGUUAAUCCUAGCUGGACCUGGCACCCAGACCACUUUAUUAAGCCGAAGUGGUUGGGUGCCUAUAGUGGUCCUUUAAAUAAGUGGAGUCUCUAGCAUAAACUAUUUAUAAUUUUUUAAAAUUAUUAUAUAUUCCAUGGACACCAUUUAUAUGCACAGGGUAUGUUUAAAUGCUAUAGGGAGCUUGUAUGGUUUUUUUUUUGUUUUUUUUUUGUUUGUUUUUUAAAUGAAAGCCUUGCUGAUGAGAACCUAUCAAAUUCAGUUAAUGGAAAACUGACUUUUAUUGAAUCAUGGCUUCGAUCUGUUUCACCUUUGCUUUCAAAAAUGUUAAGUGUCACAGAAACGAUACCAUAGAAAUGUACUCUUUGUAAAUGUGUUUAUAAUUGUUUGUCCGUACAGAGCUGGGUAGAUAAGGGUUAACUAGCAAUGCUCUGGAUGGUAACUCUCAUCACUGACUGGCUGAGCUUUCCUGAAGGCGAUGGGAGUUGUAGGCAACAUCUUGAGAGCAGGUUGUUUCUCCCAAAGUACCCAGAUUUUCCAACUCUUAGUGAUGUUUAAAGAGGAGCCAAUGUGCUUAGUGCUGAAAGUUGUUAUAUAACACAUCAAACAUUUUGCCAUUGAAGCCUCCAUUUUGUUAACAUUUUGCUCUGCCUUCUCACAAGACCACGUAAGAUGGUUUAGGAUGGAGAAAAAUCAACUGCAGAGCAAGUGAAAGUUUGAAUUGGCAAAAAUCAGCAUACCUUUAAUGUCUUUAAAAACCUUCUGUAAUAUCAUGUGUGAUACGUUAAAAUUGUUUACAUGGUACACCAUUGAGUUAUGUUAAUUUAAAGCAACCCCCGAAGCUCACAGUAAGGGGGAAGGAGUUCCCUCUAUUUCCUGUCUGUAGCUCAGUAGUACAAUAGCUAUUUUUUUUUUUUUUUUCUUCUCACUAUUCCUGCUUUAUGUCAAAGAAGCGGUUUUGUUUGAAUGAUCGUGCAAAUAUCUUUAUCGGAAUAUGUAUGCCAUUGCUUUCUGUCAGCUAAUUUUACAGCAGUCACACCCAUGCACAGCUGCAAGUGGAUUCAUUCGUGCAAAACAGACAUUGAAUUUACUUUGCAAGGUAAUAGAAAUGGCUCAUGUAAUUCGUGCAAAAUUACUCAUGACUACAGAAUUAUUCGAUAACCACUGUGGUUUUUUGUUUUUUUUUUGGCACUAACCGUUCUGCUCCAUGUCUAAUUCACUAUAUAUCACAUUAUUCGACUUUACAUACAUCACCAAUAAGAAAUCUGAAUUCUCCUUCCAUGUCAUCCACUGGCUACCCAUACAAAUCGCUGUUUGUUAUGAGAACAUAAAGCACUGAAUGUUUAGCAGUUACCUGAAUGAGCGCCUUAUUCCAUCAAUGCCAAAACGCCCACUAAGAUCUGCUGAUAAUCUUAUGGAGUUUCAUGCACGAUACCUUGGGCCUUCGAAAAGUAGAGAAAUUCUAGGUACUGUCACGUGCAGUAUGAGAUGUCCUUCAUCGGACAGACACUAGGGACCUAAGUAAAUCCCUCUUAGAGAGCUCCUGUCAGUCCUGCUUUCUAUUCUAUUAAUACUGCCUCCUUUACAGUUACUUGUGCUGUGAAUCUAUGGAUUGAAUUACUCCCAAAAAGGGACUAUUCAGUACAUAUACCAGAAAGCAAGCUGUGUAUGUGAUAUGAGGGGGCUCUUUAUAUAGCGACAACUUAUUCUGUAGCGCUUUACAAUAUUAUAAAAGGUGGAACUUAACAAUAAAUGAGACAGUUACAGGACCCUGCUUAAACGAGCUUACAGUUCAUUGUGAAAGCACUCCUGCCAAUUUCGUUAAUUCUUUGGGGUAACGGAGGCGGAAGGAAACAUCUCUGGCUUUCUGAUUGACAGCAAGGGAAUUUUCUGCCCCAAAUGAUAGAAUUCUAUAACUGUCCAAACAAAAGUGACAGACUCCACACACAGUGCUUCAGCAAGCUGUAUGGAGGUUUUUUUUUGUUUUUGUUUUUCUCCAGUUAAAGGAGCCAUCCAAGCACCAUGGCCACUACAUUGUGCUGUAGUGGUUAUGGUGAUUGGAGCAUUCCUUUAAGGUGUCUAAAUUUGAGUUUCACAAUUCGCACUUCAGUAAAUAAGCCUGAUCUUGCUUUCAAUUUCAAGGCUGAAAAGGAAGAUUUGUGUGUUUCUGUCAACAUUGCUGGGUUUCUUUUUUUUUUUUAAUGCACUGACUAAUAAGUUGCGGGUGGGAGUGUGAGAAGAUUUCUUAUCUUGGUGCUGUCUCCUUUUUUUGGUUCUAGAGACAUUAUCAAGCCCUGCCAUAGAUUGGCAAAGGUCAUUUGCAAGCCUCUGGGUUUGGUCUGGUUUGCUCUCUUGUUUGGGUUAUGGAUCACAAUGUCUUGUUUACAGAAGAUAAGCUCUGAUAAUGUUAUUUGUCCUUCCUUCAUUUUAAUCCCUUUGCCAUCCUAUUAACACACUUUUACAUUUCCUACUUGCAGAUUUGUAUUUGUUGCCCUCAAUCAUCUUUUCAUGCUCUCUAAAGCUACAGUGUGUGUGUGGUCUGUAUCUCCACACGGUUUAGUGGGCUAAUAUUGUCUACAAGCUUACAUUGGUGAAUGAACGAAGGUAGUUCAGUUAUCAUUCUUUAUGGCUAUAAACUACUGCAGCUCAUUUAGCCAGUGCCUGGUUAUAGUGCAAAAUGCAAGUAUUGGCAAUAUUCAGAGACCCAAUGUAUCCUGUAUUUUAUACCCCCAAGUUAACUGUGACAAAUGAAGUGGUUUGUCUAUAUAUUAUAGUAUGUAGUGCCUUCAUUCCCCCUUUGGCCCAGGUAGAGAAGUGCUGUACACUCUGAUCAAAAUCUAAAAAAAAAAAAAUUUCUCCCCUCUCUUUACUUUGGCGAUGGUGUUAUGGGGUUUUUAGCAAGAUCUUAAUAUGAUUUUGUAGUUGCUAAGACCUUUCUUGAAAAUUAUAUUUGAUGUAAUUUUGAUUCUAUUUUUUUUUUUUUUAAUUCCCUCAUGGUUGUGACUAACCUGUUUAAAUUUAUAAAUUGAGGAGGAUAAUAUAUUACCUGCUGACAUUUAACCCAUUCAUUACUAUGCAAGCUUUGUAGGUGCCUGGCUUCCCGUGAAUGGGCUGCUGCGAGGUUCUGUCAGCAAGAGCUUUUGUGACUUGCAUACCAAGCAUUGUCUGCCUCCUCUCCGCACUGAUCACGAAUCGUGACUCAUUACUGAAUGAUUCAGGGUAGUUUAGUCACCCAACACAGAAAAGAACAAUGAAUCCAUAAAACACAGACCAAAAUAGCCACGCCUGAUAUAGAUAUAUAUCUAAUAUAUAUUAUAUGCUCUAAUAUAUUUGCAAAAUAUUUCAAGUUCUGUUUUAACCUACAUUCUGCAAAGUUAGAAUUUCGUUAGUCACAAUUCACUGUUUAGUGAGUAAGCUGUGAUAGAGGAUAAGGCAGGGGUGCCCAAAAGAUUGAUCCCCAGAUGUCUUAAAACUACAGAUUCCAUGAUGCUCCUCAUUCUAAAGGCAUGCAAAGCAUCAUGGGAGUUAUAGUUCUAAAACAUCUGGGGUUCUACAUUUUUGGGCACCCCUGGGAUAAGGGAUAAAAUCUCAUCUCUUCUGGUCUUUCAGUGCAGGCCUAGAUAAAGUUAUGACGAAAAAAUAAUUUAUUUAUUUCCGUUAUUUUUAUUUCCCCCUGUUUUAUCAUAGUAGAUGUGAUGCACUCUAUCAUCGUGUUAAAGGCCGAUUGGGUGGCACAUGUACGUGAAACUCAAUAAGUGAUGCAGUUUCUCACGAUGGGCCAUGCAGGAAUUUCCCUGCUAAUUGAAUGAUGCUCACUGGUUUGAAUAAUGAACAUGGUAAUGUCCAAGGCUGUGAUUGGCUAGACCCUGCUGCAGUGUGAAUGCAGACGAAAAGCUUCUGGUUAUGUGCCGUGUUCAUUUGCUGAUUGAGGAAAAAGCGCAGACUUGUAGGGCUGCACAGUGAAUCUACAAUAUGCAGCUGUCACGUUCGUGCCUCUAUCUGAUAUGGGUUUUGUUUGUUUGCCCUGGAGAAUUUUAUUUAUUUUUUUAAAUUUUAAUCUCUCCGAUUUGUGAAGCAAUGCUUUACUUAGACACUGGUAAAUCCAAGAGUUUUUAUUUUUGCUUUUUAAUUUGAGCAUCUUUCUAAAACUGCCAGACCUGAUGCAGUCUUUCUGGGACCUCCUGAGCAUGUACGUACCCUGGGUGGCCUGCAAAGGCUCUGGCUCGACAGAGAGUCCCAUAAGCCCUAAGGACACAAAGAGGUCAAAUCUGCAAGAUCAGCCUAUGUCACAAGAAGAGGGACAGAUGAUCCUAGUGCUAGUUGGUCCCAAGACACUUUUACAAAAGGUAACGUUUCUCCGUAAUCCAUGGAUACAAAUAUAUAGAUAAAAGAUGCCAAUUUUACAGUUGCAGGUACAAUUACAGUUUUGCUGGUAGUUCUGUUGUACACUGGGUGUUUAAAAGCUCCUCUUUGAUAUGCUAAUCACCCCCAGCCUAGCUCUAGCAGGAAUUCAUUGUUAGGGCAGAUCUUUAUCUCAAUUCUAAGAGCUGAAACUUUCUUUUAGAGCCCUGACGGGCACAGCUUGUUCCUCCGUGCUCUGCCUCGAUGACUGGUCUGAAGACCAAUGUCCAUAAUUUAUAAAAGCAGUUGUUUCAUUUAUUUGGCUGUGCUUCUGCUCUGGAGCAUUUCCUGAUAGCAUCACUGAUGCAAGUCACUGAGAGCUGGUGCACGUGGACCUGGCAGCUUCUAGAUCUUAUCUGUCACCUGCCUAAAUCAUGAUUAUCUUGCAUCAGAGUGGUUUCAUCUCCUAAUUAUUAACUCCAUCUCGUGACCCGAGGCUUGUUCCAGUUUUGAUUGAAAGAACUUUACAGUUCACAGUUCAUCUGCCCAGUGACAUCAGUCCUGUACUGGUUUAGUGUAUCUACCUCCUGUGUGAAAUGUUCCUAGAAAAUAACACGUCUGUGUCGGUUAUUUACACCUGCUUUGAUGCUUCCUACCUAUCUGUUCCUUACUAUGUUUCCUCCCCCUGCCGCUGUUUGGGACCUCUUUGUUUUUGCAUGUGUUGUCAUGUGUUAAUUUCUAUGAACACAGUGUUCUCUUGUCCCAUGCUGAAUGAUCCCUUUGGCCCAGUGACAUAAGAACUUGUUUUCUGAGCAUUUUAUCACACACCUGAUAUAAUUGACUUGUUUUCUGCUCAAAUACUUGUUUUCACACAUUUUUCAUGACUGCAUGCCAUCAGUCAUCUGCUGCCCUAGAGAACGUGGAAAGUACUCUAGGCAUCAAAACAACUUUAGAUUGAAAAUGUUUUGGUGUGUAGAUCAUGCACUAGCAGCCUCCCUGUUUAUCUCCCAUUUAGGAGUUUAAGGAACACUAUGGUGUUAGGAAUACAAACAUGUAUUCCUAACACUAUAGUGCUGGACUACCUUUUUUCAGUGGUGGGCAACCUUCAGCAUUCCAGAUGUUUUGGACUACACAUCCCAUGAUGCUCUCAGUAUUAUGGCUGCAAGAGCGUUAUGGGAGGUGUAGUCCACAACAUCUGGAGUGCCAAAGAUUGGCUACCCCUGACCUAUUUGGUCAGAAUGGAGUUAACGGGUAUUUAAAAGGAAACUAUAUAGGCUAUUCAAAUUUGUAUUCCUAGCACUAUAGCUACCUAUAGUGCCCCACCCUGCAGCACAGAACCCUUUUAGUCACUUACGUGAAUCCAGCACCAAUGUCCCUCGGUGCUGGGUCAGACUUUUCCUUGGCCGACAUCGGGGCAUGCGUUAGGACAGCCCCCAUAGGGAAUCACUGUAUAAUACUUUCCUAUGGGCUUUUGGGUGAUGCUGGAUGUCCACAUGGAUAGCAUGAGGAUGUCCAGCGUCAGGUGACCAAAAGUCGCCUAACUACCUGGAAGUUCCUUUAGUGGCUGUCUGAUAGAAAGCCACAGGAAGAGCAGUUAACCUUGGAUAGGAAUUGUUGAAGUUUCUCAAUAACUGCAAUAUAUUACUAUUGCAGGAACAGUACACCCAGACCACUUCAAUGAGUUGUAUUGGUCUGGGUUCCUUAUAGUGUCCCUUUAAUUUUCGUUUUCACGCUAGUCUCCCUGCUGCUGGCCCCAACUCCAUGGCUGAGAUCCUCAAUCUUGAUGAUCUUGGCCAAUUCAAUGCUUGGGAGGCUAUUGCAUCUGUGUAGCAAAACACCAUGCUGCACCAACCAGCAUCUCUUCAGAUGCAUUGAAUCAAUGCAUCUCUAUGGGGAGUGUUCAGCCUCUUCAUGCAGAGCGUAGAAAUGCUGAACUUAAGUGCUGUACACAAUGCAGCAUUGACCAUUCUCUGAAAAGGCAGCGUUUACAUUGCUGAGCCUGCAGGGACAUGCUAUAGACACCAGAACCAAUACAUUAAAGGGACACUCCAGGCACCCAGACCACUUCUGCCCAGUGGAGUGGUCUGGGUGCCAACUCCCACUACUACUACUUUUAACCCUGCAAGUGUAAUUAUUGCAUUUAUUUAUGUUUAUAAACUGCAAUAAUUACCUUGCAGGGUUAACUCCACCUCUAGUGGCUGUCUACUAGACGGCACUUCCGUGUUCCUAGCACAGGAAACCUGUGCUAGAGCAUCGCUGGACGUCCUCACACUGUGUGAGGACCUCCAGCGUCGCUCAUUUCCCCAUAGGAAAGCAUUGAAAAGCAUUUUCAAUGCUUUCCUAUGGGGGGCUCUAAUGUGCAUGCGCGGCAUUAGUGCGCAUGGGCAUUAGGUUUCCCCGGCCGGUGGGCGGGAUCAGUCUCGCCCACUGGUCGACGCAAUCACUGGGAGGAGCGGCGGAGGAAGAAGCAGCAACGUGGGACGUCGUCGCUGCCUCUAAGUUACUGAAGGGGUUUUCACCCCUUCAGCAACUGGGGAUUGUGGGGUGGGAGGGAGACGGGGCCUGCAGUGCCAGGAAAAUGGAAUUUCCUGGCACUGGAGAGUCCCUUUAAGCUGUAUUGUUUUGGUUACUAUAUAGUAUCUUUUUUUUUUAAUUGUUUAUGCAGUCCUAGUCAUACUUCCUUGCAUUUGACUUGCACAGCCUUGCUAAAAACUUUCUGAAAACCUAGAUAUUUUAGGUUCUCGUAUUGCACAUAGUCUGUUUAAUCUGGAAUUUAUCUCCUGCUCUAGUUGCCUUUUAGACCCUGCAGGAGCCUUGUUUGUGUGUUUUUAAAGUUCAAUUUACAGAGCCGGGGAUAAAAACGUCUAAAGCAAGUUAAUAUCUGAAAAUAUUAUUGCCCCCCUCAUGUAGGCUGUGAGACAGUCAGGGGAGGUGUGCCUAGGGCUGCAUGAGGAUAAACUCUUAAAUUGAGCAGUGAUUAGUGCGUGAUCUAUACGCUAAAACCGCUACAUUAAGCUGUUUUGUUGCCCACAGUACUCCUUUAAAUUCAUACUUUCUAUGGGAAAAAUUGUAUCUUCUGCGGUCCAUCAAGUGAUAGUCUAUAAGUUCUGGUUGUUUCUGCCAACUCUACAUGGAACACACGCAAACAUUUUAGCCAAUCUGCUCAAAAAAAAAAUAAAAAAAAUGUAAUAUGUAAACUUAAAAAUCUAGUCAGCAGUCAUUUGUAUGCUAGGAUAUUAAGUACAUCUUAUAGAUGGAGAGCAAAAAACAGGUCGCAAGAGUAUUCUGAGAACGGACAGCAACUAAAAUAGUCUGCCCUUCGGUGGGUCCCCGCUCAGAACUCAAGCUGGUUUUAGCCCAUCUUGUGCCAUUACAGAGAGAACAUAUCUGGAGCAUAUCAGACUGGUCCCACCCAUACGGGCAGUCCAGAUCCGAAAUGCCAGCAAGUUCUCUCUGCACGAUGAUGCCUAACAAGGCUGAAACGAUCGCCUGGGGUUGCUGUAGUUCUCGUGCAGAGAGAACUUGCUGGCAUUUCGGAUCUGGACUGCCCGUAUGGGUGGGACCAGUCUGAUAUGUUUCAGAGAUGUUCUCUCUGUAAUGGCACAAGAUGAGCUAAAACCAGCUUGAGAACUGAGCGGGGACCCACCGAAGGGCAGGCUAUUUCAGCUGCUGCCGUUCUCAGUAUUCUCUUGUGCCCUGUUUUUUGCUCUACAUGUUAUAGAUACUCUGGAGCUGGGGUUGGCAACCUUCAGUACACCAAAUGUUUCGGACUACAUCUCCCAUAAUGCUCUUAUAGUCGUAAUGCUGGAAAAGCAUCAUGGGAGAUAAAGUCCACAACCUCUGGAGUGAUAAAUCCUGCUGUAGAGAAUGAACUGCAGUAAUAUUUAAUACAUUUAGAGCAAUGCAUUCUCUAGUGUAGUUCGUACAAAAAGACCUAAAGGUAGGUGGGAUUGCGGUAAAUACUCCCAGAAAGCUGUAGAUGCAUGGAAUAACGUAUAGUUGGUUGAGACAGACAAACCACAAAACCUUGGGACAGGUGGUGAGCAGCCUGGAUUUCAUUUCUUUAACUGUGGAAUUCAUUACCAGCAGUCUUGUUAUUGAAGGCUGCUUGUUUGCGUCUGAAUGGGUUUUUUUUUUUAACUGAAAAAAUCCAGUCAAAGCAUGAUUUGUACAAGAGUAUUACUAAAACUCAUGCAAAAACGUUCAUUGUACCUUAAUUGUAGCCAGUCAUCCAUAGUCCGGUGUGGAGACUCUCGUCCAAACGUCAGUCCGUAUCAGUUGGAUGUUCUCCAACAAGGUAAGAGAAGCCUCCGGCAAAAACCCCAGUUAUCGGUUUACAAAAUUAAAUAAAAAAAGAUUGAAAUGUCACUGAUAGUAAUGUUGGGCAUAAACUCUCCAGUUAGCUCAUUCUGUGCUGCUAUGCCUUGUAUUUUCACUGAAAUAAUUCAUUUUUUUUUUUUCUUUUUUUUUCUUUUUUUUUUAUAAAUGUAAUUUGUGAAGCAGUAUCAUGUGGCUUUUUGCUGUAAAGCAUCUUACCUUCGAAUGGCGGUCCAAGAGCUAAAAUAUUGAGUUUUGUUUUUAGUGGCUCUUCCUGUUAUCAUUGAGUUAAAGGACCACUAUAGUGCCCUGAGGGUGCCACCAGCCUCAUGGCCCCACUCCCGCCAGGAUGGAUGGAGAGGAAGGGGUUAAACACUUACCUUUCUCCGGCGCCGGGCUCACGUGGUGCUGGAGACUCUCCUCCUCCUUUCCAGUCAUCGGCUGAAUGCGCAUGCGUGGCAAGAGCCGCGCGCAUUCAGUCAGUCCAUAGGAAAGCAUUCGCUGGCGUCUUCUCACUGUGAAAAUCAGUGAGAAGCUCCUCUAGCGGCUGUCAAUGAGACAGCCACUAGAAGCUGGAUUAACCCUAAAGUAAACGGUUUACAGCAGAAAGGGUUAAUCCUAGGAGGACCUGGCACCCAGACCAUUUCAUUAAGCUGAAGUGGUCUGGGUGCCUUUAGUGGUCCUUUAACUAUAGGGUGCAACUGUGAUUAUCUACUUCACCAUCCAAGAUCCUUCCAGCUCCAGGAUGCAGGUUACAUUAGACGUACAUAACUGAAUACUCACUGCAGAAAUCCCCGCACACAGUCUGAGCCAAACCUUAGCCAGGCUCUGAUUUGGGUGACCAUAGUCACUGUAUGUCUACUACCAGCUCCCUGAGGCGCUCCAAUUUUCCUAUUUGAGUGAAACUAUGGAUUGAGGGCAGAAACCAUUUAUUUGCUUUAUACUGUGAUGGCAUUUAUUUUGAGACAACAUUUUUUAAAUGUCUUUACUGUUACCUAGAGAUAUAAAGUUAUGCUGGUCAUUGAAGUACAUGUGCAUCCAAGAAUACUGUGUGCAUUGCAUUCUGGGAUUGAAUUGAGAGCAUUGUGGAAUGAACAGCUGUAAACUGCAUAGACAAGCAAACUUUGUCUUCUACAGACUUGUCAGUAGCAUGCCACUUUUUGUGUGGUCUGUAUAACAUUAGAGACUUUAGAUUGUAUGUGAAGCUUCAAGGCCACCUCUGUCCUUUGCUUCUAGAGCUGGGAAAUCCCUCCAGUAUCCUCACAGUAUCCUAAUCGUGCGAGGAGUCGUGGCAUGCUUUCACGAUCAACGUCUGUAUCAAAUUUGUAAUCCUAUGUUAUUGCAUGGUUCCUUAGUCGGGAAUUUACUACGUCCCGGAUUUUGUUCCUUAAUUCUAUUGUAGUAAGUUUAAUUUUUGGCUGUAUUAUUGAACAUUGUUAGUGAACCUGUAUGAACACUUACUGCCCAGUGUGAGUCUCCGAUGUAUAAUCUUAUAGCUUUGACAGGAGUCAUUGUUUAAUAUGCAGUGUUUGGUACAGUAAGCUUUCCUGGGUAUUUUGCUGCCAUAGAAGGAGGGGAAAGUAGACUAUCUGAGCUCUUAACUGCUGAAAUGCUAAAGAUUCACUCUAACAUAUAAAUCCCUAUUACCCAUCUCCUGUUACAGUCACAGUGGUCCCUCCCGUCCCCCCCUCCCCUUCUGCUGGGAGCUUCCUCCUCUUUCACCCGCUCCCUGUUAUUAAUGUCACUGUACAAGUUGGACAGCUACACAAGAUUCUCUCCAGCACUUUACAGACGUGCCUCUUAGUGGAUUGGCUGCAUUUGGAAGGCUGGGCUUUUUAACUGUUCUUUCCUAUGGGAGGAGGCAGGUCUUACACAGCCAAUAGCAGUGCACAGCAGCCACCUGUAGGUCUUGGGUUACUUGCCGGCUUUUUGCAUUUGGAUUACAUAGAACAAACGGCUCUACGGAGAAAGACACAGUGCUAUUAGCUUGUGCAGGUGUGAUCGGCACCUCCAGGAUGCUUUGUCUAAGUCUUUAUGUGCCUGUGCUUGACCAGUCUCAGGCUGAAUUCCAGUGCUUUGAGUCAGAGGGACUCCCUUCGGAACUGAAAUCUAUCUUUAGACUCAGUCUCUUUAUCCCAUCGCAGGAAUUUUCCACCUACCGUCAGUGGAGACAGGUCAGUGUGCAUUUAGAUUUACCCAGUGCCCGUAACACUAAACAUGGAAUCAUAGUGAUUUUGAAAACAGAGUUGAAAAAAUCAGGGAUAAAUAGGCAAGCUGUGACUUGAGCAGAUCUGGGGAAUUUAAAAAAACAAAAACUUUUAUUUUGUCUUUGAAAACUAGCUCUUCAGACUUAUUGAAAUUGCCAUUGGUGACUUUUAUUAACUAUUUGUAUGCAUCUAUUAACUAAUUUUUUUGGUGCUAGUUGCUUUCUUUCUAUAAAAUAUUUUAUGUACUUAGUUGACGUAUAUGAAUAUUAUUUUGGAAGGAUCCUAAUGAUUUUGCUUGACUUGCACCCUCUGUCCCGUCUGCGUUGGUAGAAAUAUUCUGCUGUUGAAUUAUGAAAUCACUAGUACUUUGCCAGCUCUCUCAUGUCAUACACCCAGACUAUCUUUAGGGUUGUUAGCACUUUGUGUCCCUAGGGAGUCCUAUGACAGCAGUGUAGACACUUUACAAAGGUCACUGUACAACUCUCUUCUAUUUAACCCUUUUGUGACUAUUUGCCAUUGUGUACAAUAGCAUUCUAACUGGUUCCUGAUAAAUUAUGGGUCUAUAUUAUUGUAGCAACCCCCAACUUCCUUCUUUCUCUUCUCUCAGGUGCUGUUUGCUUUUCCUUUGAGCCAGCACCAAUGUUGUGUUGGACUCUCAAGUAUUUUAUUGUCUGCUACAUCCAGUUUUCCCCUGUUUGGUCUAGAAAUAGACAAGUAGCAGACUUUGAUCCCUCUUGAAAGAUUUUUUUUUUUUUUUUUUUUUCUCAACUAAACUGCAUUCAAUUUUUGAAUUUUAUGCGUUUUUUUUUUGUUUUCUCCCACAGAAAAUCGUGAAAGCUGGUGAUAAAGACCAGGAUGGACAGCUGGACUUUGAAGAGUUUGUGCACUACCUUCGUGAUCACGAGAAGAAACUGCGACUGGUCUUCAGGAGCUUGGACAAGAAGAAUGAUGGUUAGUAAACUGCAAGUGCCACUGUAAUUCAUUAAUAUUACAUGUCACCCACGUCAGUAACUGAUCGGAUCACAGUUUUAGUAUUGGAGCCCUGUCAGAUGCUGUUUGUUGUGAAACAUUUUAGAUCUGCAUCUCAAAUGAUUUGUUUUUUGCCCCUUUUAUAGGAUGGUUUAUCUUUAAUGUGGGGGCAUGUGCAACCUGCUCAGACUUUAUUUUUCCCUUCACCCCUCUCCUCCUCAAAGUUUCUUCUCUAAGUUUGGGUUUCAGCAUAAAUUACAGCUCUGUUACUGAUCAGGUUAAAAGCUUAUCGUAAAAGCCCCGUCCGCAUGUCCUCACUGAACGUUAGAAUUCCCACCUUUUGGUUUUUGUACCUUUUUUUUUUUUUUUUUAAUUUUGACUUUCUAAAACGGACUUACUUCUAAUCUCUAAGGACGAAUUGAUGCCCAGGAGAUAAUGCAGUCCCUCAGAGACUUGGGAGUGAAUAUCUCAGAGCAGCAAGCAGAGAAGAUCCUGAAGAGGUGAGUGUGACAGCCUUGUGUCAAUUCAGCCUUGUGUCCCUCUCUCCUUAUGUAGUCUGUAUGUUGUGUGCACGGUUCUUGUUGUUGUAUUGCAUUAUGUGGGAUACCUUCCAGGAGAGCAGCAGUACCUUCAUAAACCUGACUCCACCAGAUAUAUUUGUUCUGGAAUGCUUUAAACAUUUUUUUUUUUUUUUUUUUUUGCCUAUUUCUUGUAAAAUAAGUGACAAAGUAUUUGACUGAAGUCUGACCUUUAAAAGAAAAAGAGAAAAUAUCUUGGAAGGAGUAACUGUCUCACUUGUGCUGUCUUUUCCUUUUGCUUCUGUCUGUGUGACUGUCAGAAUUAGGACGGGCCACCGAUGGGGACCGGUUGCCCAGUAAGUAUGUUUUCCGCUUGUCUCCAUCCCACCCGGUCUUGUGUUUUUUUUUUUUGUUUUUUUUUGUUUCCCUAUCUUGUUCUGCGGUUGCUUCUCUGUACAUUCCUGAGCCUCUUCCUUCUUUUCUUUUACAGCAUGGAUAAAAAUGGAACAAUGACAAUAGACUGGAACGAGUGGAGAGACUACCAUCUCUUGCAUCCUGCUGAAAACAUCCCAGAGAUCAUUUUGUACUGGAAACAUUCUACCGUAAGAAUCCAUAACAUUUAUUUGUAGUUCACGCUGCUAGAAAUUACUUUGCACUGGUUAGUGGGCACUGAUUAUGGUAAUUGUAGGUAGUUAAGGGGCAAACCUUAAAGAUCUUUUACAAAAAAAGGAUUCUGCGUGUGGCUGGUUUUUCUCAGCCUAUACUGGUUUAUUCCACCUGCCUGCAGCUACCAGUGCACAGCGUAUUGUAGCCUAAUGUAAAUUCAGACUUGUGCAAUCAGAUAUGUAAUGCAUGGACAAACCCCACAAAAGAAUCUGCCUAUAAAACACAUGAUUUAGCAGUUCUCUGUUCUACUUGUAUUGAGAAGCAUGGGUUACACUUAUUGGCUGGAAACACAAAGUCAAACAGAUGAUCAGAUUUCUCUCCUUCCCAUACAGAUAUUUGAUGUAGGAGAGAACCUGAUUGUACCCGAUGAAUUUACAGUGGAGGAGAUUCAAACGGGGAUGUGGUGGAGACACUUGGUUGCUGGAGGUGGAGCGGGUGCCGUCUCACGAACCUGUACAGCCCCUCUGGACAGACUGAAAGUACUCAUGCAGGUAUAUAUACUUCUCAUUAAUCUUUAAAUUUAUUAAUUAUAUUUUUGGUGAGCACGAAAGGUUGGGUCCUUAACUGAAGCAAAUUCAAAUCUUUCGCAACACUUUGCAAUCCGUUGUAAAGGAGAAUUGUGCAAACUUUAUUACAUGGGUAAAAGGUUAAGAUUGUGGACUUCGUUCUGCAAAGGUUGUCUAUUUGUUAAUGUAGUUAUGUCCCUGAAAAUGUAACCAGGUUCUUUCUGGCCAAUGUCCACCUUGGCAGGAUGAACACUGUGUAAUGUAAUCACAUCUGUCUGGAGCUUUGUGUGCCAUCGACAGCCACUGUCACAUGCCUUUCUAAAGUACUGUAACUCUAGUUGGCUGUGGCAAAUAUAUCUUGGCUCUAACCUUUUUUUAGCGAGAGGUGACACAUUCGUUGUGUUUGUAUGCAUAUAUGCAUAAAUCAUGUCUACACAGAAAGGGGCGCAUGCUGAUACGCAAUACCUGCCCCAACUUUUAAAACUCUCACGACACAUUCACGGUUAUUUGCUAAACUAAAUUUCAAAUUUAAGGCUGAAAUGGCCAAACUGAAAGUAAAGCUGACUGUUUAUUUUAAUUUAUUUUUUUUAUUUUUUUUCAAUCCUGCUAUUUUUGGCAAUACUUUGAUAUUCAGUUUGAAUUCUUUAGUGAAUAACCCUGUAGUGUUUUAUUUAUUGCUAGGGUUUUUUUUUUUGUUUGGUUGUGCACGCCUACUAUCAAGCAGUUUCCUGUAUUUUAGAGCUGAUUGUUAAAGAUGGUUUGAAUGUCGGUGAGACUCCACAACCUGUCACAAUAUUUGUCAUUGAUUGUCUUAACUCCUGAUCUUAGUUUGACUAGUGAAAGAUUGUAUUAGCAUGGGAACGUGUUGACAACGUGUUUUUGCUAAUGAGCAAAGCGUGCCAGCACGGUAUUGUUAGUGUUUUCCAAACUCAAACCAUAUUUUUUUUUAUUUAUUUUUUUUGCGCAAAGCCCCCGUAGUGUCAGCCCUAUGACACUAUCCCCAAGCACACAGAGUAAUUACUGCUCCAAACUAGUUCUAGCACGGUUCUUCUAGAGAUAAUUGUGUACGUCCUUGAAAAAAUUUUUGGAACAAGUAUUACAGCUGUGAUGCACUGGCAGCUCUGACAUCCGUAUUUUUCUCGGAGUACAUGUUGUUGCGAAGUUAAAGGCUUUAUUAAACAUUCUUGUUAAGAUUACAUGUUCUUCCUUCAAUCUAGGAGCCCAUUGUACCUGGAUUAGCUUCAGCUUUUGCUCACAUGUCGUCUUGUGCUCGAUUCCUUUAGGUGCACGCUUCCCGCAGCAACAACAUGUCUAUCGUGGGAGGCUUCACCCACAUGCUCCGCGAAGGUGGAUGGCGCUCACUAUGGAGAGGAAACGGAAUCAAUGUCAUUAAAAUUGGACCCGAGUCUGCAAUUAAAUUCAUGGCAUAUGAGCAGGUGAUACAUACGCUUGUGAAUGUUUUGACUUUUUAGUUAAUAAACUUCAAUUUAAUGUGCGGUUAAAGGCACAUUAAAGCAAUUGAGCCAUUUCCUAGUGCUGUGUAAACUGUAACUUUUUUUUUUUUUUUUUCUUGCAGAUUAAACGUUUUAUUGGCAGUGACCAAGAAACACUUGGAAUCCAUGAGAGGCUUGUUGCGGGAUCUCUAGCUGGUGUGAUUGCUCAAAGUAGCAUAUAUCCUAUGGAGGUGUGUGGGUCUCAUAGAUGUUUCUAAUUAUAAUUGUUUUGUGUAUGUGGAUUUUGGCACAGGCGGCUUAUUGUCAUUUGAUACUGUUCAUUUUUUUUUGAAAAAAAAAUUUCUUCCUCUUUCUCUAGGUUCUGAAAACUCGGAUGGCCUUACGCAAGACUGGGCAAUAUCAGGGCAUGCUGGACUGCGGCAAAAAGAUGCUGCUGAAGGAAGGAGUAUCUGCUUUUUACAAAGGAUACGUCCCCAAUAUGUUGGGCAUCAUCCCUUAUGCUGGCAUUGAUUUGGCGGUUUAUGAAGUAAGUUUCCCUUGUCUGGAAUGCAUGUAGGGAUAUUGGGCACACAUAACGAUAGAUAAUUGCAUUAAUCUUAUGACUUGACACUAAUGUCCUUACUCGUCUUCCCCCACAGACUCUGAAAAAUGCUUGGCUGCAGAGGUAUGCCACGAGCAGUGCUGAUCCUGGGGUCUUUGUCUUGCUGGCAUGUGGGACAAUAUCCAGCACGUGUGGACAGCUGGCUAGCUACCCCCUGGCUCUGGUCAGAACACGAAUGCAGGCACAAGGUGAGAUUGUAGUGAUGGUUCAAGUAAAAAAAAAAUAUAUAUAUUUUUUUCCUUUCUGUCCAUGGUCCAGUAUGAGUGUGUAAAGAUUUACUAAAAAUGGCCAGUAAUUUGUAAACCUAUAUAAAUGUGGAUUGUGAUGUUGCAGUUUAUCCAGUAAUUACUACUCAGACGUGGAUCACUUAUUGAAUUCUCUUUUUGUUUUGUAGCUUCAGUUGAGGGUGCUCCUCAAUCCUCAAUGAGCAACCUCUUUAAGCACAUCAUAAAGACUGAGGGGGCUUUUGGACUGUAUCGGGGUCUUGCCCCUAAUUUCAUGAAGGUUAUACCCGCGGUCAGCAUCAGCUAUGUGGUAUAUGAGAAUCUGAAGCUCACACUUGGGGUGACAUCCCGAUGAUGUGAAGGAGCGGAAAGCAAUUGUCUGACCAUAGACUGCAAUCUUGGGUUGUUAACUCCCUGGAUGUGAAAAGUCCAGUCUUCAUUCUGUGAAUGCAUUGAACACUAAGACUGAUGGAGUAAAGCUGUGAUAAUCCACGAACAGAAGGAAGUGAGACUGUGCAUCGGAGCUCUACGAACUCUCGGCCCAAUCUGACCCUUGCUUUCAUUCCACCCCUGUACAAUGGGGUCCAGUAGCUUCUUCCAAGCUGGAGCAUUGUUUACAUUUUUUUUUCUUUUUGAUUUAAGUUUAAUGGCUCAUUUGUUUUACAAAAUCUCAUCCCUUCCUUUAUCUGUUUUUUUGGUUUGUAGUUGCUCCAACGCAAGUCCUACAAAUACUUUUUGUGGAACCUGCGCUGGAGUACAAAUAAUUUACUAAAUGCAGCUGAUCAAAAAUGUACAGGCGUCUACUGGUGCAAGUUACAAAGUUGCUUGACCAUGGGAUCUGUUGGCCUCCAGGACUCCUGGGACAGUGCAAGUUCUAAAGUUCCAUUAAAUGGUUUCCUUUUAUAGAAGUAAUUAUUUUACUUGCCACUUAAUGUGCGGUUGGAUGUGGGCUUUUCUUUUGAUAGGCCCAUUCAUUUAACACAGAUGGAUCUGCCAUUUCCAUACUCUUUAAAACACCUUUAUUCUAUGUAGGAACACCUUGAAAACGUGUCCUGCAGGCUGACAGAAAUUCUGCCCUGAAGCUCUGCUGUGAUUCCUUGGCACUGAGACAGCUGGCCGCAGAAUGCAGCCUUGUAGCAAUUGGGAGAUCAGAAAUUACACUGUUCUGGUUUCCCCAUAAAGGCCAAACAAAAAAUUGUACAGCAUAUAAGUCUGGUUAUUGCACAGUAUCGGUGUCCAAGUGGAACAUUAUUUCUAACAUUCCUAAUAUUUGUCUUGUUUUUACUGCCUUGCCUGUAUAUUUAUUCUAUUUAUUUAAAGAAAAAUAACAUUGCUAUUUUUACAGAUAUUAUAGUUAUAACUAAAGUAUUGUGGCCUUUUAAUUUUUUUUACUAAUUUUUUUUUUUUUUUAUUAUGCUAGAGUAAUCCACUGAGAUUACGUGUGUCUGAUCUGAUUGUAGGCAGUCGGUACAGUACCUCUGCUCUAAUGUUCUUCCUAAAAUGAAGCUUUCCCUUUUGAAACUGCGGACUUUAAUCCUUCUGCCAAUUGCAAUAGAGAUUAAAGUCUGAGGUCACUUGACGUCAGUACCUGAGUAAGCAAGGUCAUUGAGUGCAGGGGAUGUUUUUACGCUGCACAGUUCAGACCUCACAAAGAUACUUUGCACUUUAAACAGUAGAAUAUUUUUGCUAUUCUAGUGAGUUGGUUUGGUGCUUUACACAGUUCUCCCGGCUUCAUUAUGUUCCUCUUAAUUCUAGCUCGUCCAAUUUCAUUAAUGUUCAUAUUACUAGUUGGGUUCUUGAUCCCAAUGGCUGCUUUUAAUGAUUGGAAUGCAGAGCUUUCACCAUCAUUUGGUCCCCUCAGUUACAUUAUCAGAGGUCCUGUAUAUUUACAAUUUAAUUUUGCCCUGAUUAAUCUUGCAUAUCCCUUAGGUUGACUAUGUGCUGAUACGUCUUGCUCAGUCUAUAUCCUAAUGUCACACACCUUCCUUCAGUAAAACCUAACCAUUCAUCCACCUGGGAAAUGUCUAUCCACACCCAAUAAUUUUAUUCUUGUGGGAAACUGCAGAUAAAUGUCUAGAAACACUGACACUUUAAAUAUAUAAAUCGAUCCUAAUAAGCUACGAGGUUGCCAAUUAUUUGCAAGUCUUAAUUGCUGACAACUUCUUUACUUCUAUUAAAGAACAAAGUUAAAUAUGUUUAGCAUCCCUUUUAAAAAGUCUGACCUCAAUCUACAAAGUAACAUUGUAAUGGUGUCCAUUGCAACCUGCUGUUAUUGCCUGUUAGAUCGUUUUAUUCAGUUCUGCUGCUCCCAAACAUUCUGAAUGUGUCUAGCAAUUUCUGAGCAAAAAUCAAUGCAAAAAAAGACUCUGCGUCAAUACUAAACCUGCCUGUUGUAAACGGAAUCUGUAUAGUUCUUGCCAUAAGUGCUUGUACUUGAAUCCGUUUAAUAAAGUUGUUUAUAUUGUGGUAAA